AUGCUGAUGUAUCUCGCUUCUUUAGAGCUAGAGGUUGCGCGAUGCCUGAAUCUCUGUGAAUUGGAACUCAUUCUAGCAGACCAGAUGAAAAUAAACAGCCGUCGGGAUCCCCAGGCCCAAGCCAUCAUGAAGGCGUCCUUUGACUACGCACAUAAGUUUGGUCAAAUCAAGAACAGAGAAGCGGUUGUACAGCUCCGAAAUCAGUUAGAAGCUUCCAAGGCGAACUUUACGGAGUUCGAGAUGGCCAGUAUUGUGAAUCUCAUGCCGGCCACCGCAGAGGAAGCGAAGGCACUGAUUCCAUCUUUAACAAGACUGUCUGACGAGAUCCUGUCGAAGGUUCUAGCCGACAUGGCCCGAUUCCAUUUGUUUGCCAUGUAG